CUAUCAUGCACCCCCUCUCCUUCAACGUAGAACAAAUGCAUCGGGCUUUAUUUGUCUCGGAAGUCCUCCUGGAGAUAUUCAUCAAUUUGAAUCAGCUCCCAACCACAGAGGGCUGGACUCAAUCUCUGACGCAGAGAUCCCUUGCAGCCCUUGCCAGGACAUGCAAAACCUUCCACGAGCCUGCAAUGGAUUUGCUUUGGGCUAACAUGCCUGGGUUACGACCACUGUUGGGCUGUGUGACGAGGUUACAUUCAAUGAUAUAUGAUCCUGAGACCAAGUACUCCUGGUCUCAGUGCGUCGACCCAUUAGCUGAGCACGAGUUCCAUGAAUUUUUGCGUCAUUCGGCGCGUGUACGCAGCAUGACCAUAUCAUCCAACACAUAUUUUCGCCUUCUUACGGCCCUCCCCAUCGAGACAUGCGUAUUCCCAGGACUGAUCUCAUUAUCCUGGAUGGUUCAACGCACGAAUAUUGGAGAUUUGCACUUUUUCCUGUCCCCUACGCUGCUCAAUUGUUCUGUGUCGGAAUUCCAUUCAGAUUUGACACAUAUCGGGACACGUUGUGCUGCCCUGGAGGCAAUAACCCUCCUGGAGGAUAGCGGCACAGUGCAGCUGUCUGCAACCGUCCGUUCAUGCAAGCGGCUCAAAUAUCUGGAAUGUCCACCGCUUGACUCGGCAGCGUGGAUGCACCUCUCCACCGUCCCCACCCUUCUCAAGGUGAAGAUUGUCGCAUCACGCAUUAUUCAUUUCCCCUUGGACAAUCUCAAUUUUGCAACUUUCCUCAACCUCACGACUCUUUGCUUCCGCCGAAUGGAAGUGGCAGCUGUUGUCACAAUCAUGCAACAUUUUGAAUUUCCCUCGCUAAAAGAGUUCGAGAUGCACGUCCGUGUUUUACCUUGGGCAGAGGCUGAGCAACUUUGUCGUGCACUGUCACAGUGCAAAGCAAACCAGACCCUUGAACAUAUAUGUAUUUCUUCCCGCGAUAGAAUUCCGCAGCACUCAGGCGACCCUUUAACAGCAGUUAGACAGUUUCUUUGCUUUACGCAGCUGCGAACGCUAAGACUAUCUACUCAUUGCUUCAUCUACCUCGACGAUGACCUUCUUCUUGAGGCCAUGACAAGUUGGCCGUACAUUCGCUCCCUGUCAUUAGAUGACUGGCAUAUUUGUCCACCUACCGUUACAUUCCGUGGGUUGAUCGCGGCGCUCCGCCUAUGCCCAUACUUGCAAUACCUGCAAGUACCGGUCGACUUUCGGAAUAUUGACAUCGGUCCUGAAGCCAAGUUAUUUCAAAACACCUCCCUACAAAAUUUGACUAUAGCCUCAUCUGAGCCCAAGGAGACGGAUUCGGAAGCUGUCGCUCGCAUCAUUUACUCCGUGCUUCCUGCCGUCGAGCAAGUUAUGCGUGGAAACGGCAACGUACGGUUGUGGAACAACGUCAACAGGCAUCUCGAACUCCUUAGAAACAAAUCUUCCUCGGCGUCUGGCCACUUUAUCACAGGAGCAGCAUCACAGACCUGAGUUCAGGGUAUGCUCAUGUUUCAGGAAUUGUCAAAGUUACGGUCGGAUAUUCCGAUAGGUAGAAAAAGAGAAAGUCGGGGCCGGAAUGGCUAUCGAUCAGCUGCACUCAAAUAUUUGUUUCGAGGGCUUAGAUUGAAACAUACCGACCGCUAUAUACUAGUAUGUGUAUAUAUGUAAAUAUCUUCGACGUCUGUACAUAUGUCAAUGAUCUACCAAAUCGUUCAA